UGCGGCUGUUCAUUGGUCUAUUGUUAGUCGUGCUGGCUCCAUGGGUCUACCCGGCCAAAAAUACGGCAAGAGAAAAAACUUUUGCAAGACUUGAAGCCAUGGUAACGCCACAGCUUGUGACGUCCAGACAACGAGCGCUCGGUGAUUUAGUAAUGAGUCCAUCUAAGAACCAAGAAGAGAUUUCUCUGUGGAAGGCGCAGAAAAGCUGCAAAGGAGUUGGGAUGAAUUGUCAUUUUGCCGAGGAAUGCUGCACUUACCUCUGCCUGAGGCGAUUCAACGAAUGCGUAUUCUAGACUUCAAUUUGUAUUAUUUUGUUUUAUUUUGGUUUAUCAAUGAUUGUAUUACUAAAUAGUUGAAUACAUAGA